UUAUUUAUUUCUUAAUUAAUCGUUUGUCGGAAAAUUUGGGAAUGGGGAAAGGUGGCGGAUGCGUUCCGAGCAAGAAGAAGAAGCCGUCGUCUCUCGCCACCGCCGGAGACGAUCACGGAACCGAGUACGAAGACGCCGUCAACGCUCCGCUCCCGACCGAGAACGAUCAAACGACGGCGACGACGGGAGCAACGACGCCGGCGAUCACGGCCAGGACCGUCUCUCCGCCGCUGAAGAUCUUCGUGGUGUUCUACUCGAUGUACGGACACGUGGAGAGCUUGGCGAGGAGGAUGAAGAAGGGAGCGGACGGCGUGGAAGGAGUGGAGGCGAGGCUGUACAGAGUGCCGGAGACGCUUUCCGAGGAGGUCGUCGAGCAGAUGAAGGCGCCGGGGAGGGAUACGGGGGUUCCGGAGAUCACGUCGGGGGAGCUGGCGGAGGCGGAUGGGUUUCUGUUCGGGUUUCCGACGAGGUACGGGUGUAUGGCGGCGCAGAUGAAGGCUUUCUUUGACUCGACGGGGCAGCUGUGGAAGGAGCAGACGCUCGCCGGGAAGCCUGCCGGGUUCUUUGUGAGUACGGGGACUCAAGGAGGUGGACAAGAGACCACUGCAUGGACAGCAAUCACACAGCUGGUGCACCACGGGAUGCUAUUCGUCCCAAUAGGCUACACAUUUGGAGCAGGAAUGUUCAAGAUGGACUCAAUACGAGGAGGUUCACCUUAUGGAGCGGGUGUAUUCGCUGGUGAUGGAUCAAGAGAAGCUACGGAAACAGAACUAGCUCUUGCUGAACAUCAAGGAAACUACAUGGCUACAAUAGUCAAGAGACUUGGCCAACCUUAAAAACAAAACAAAAAAGUCCCAUAUGAUUACUUCUUUAUUUUUCUCCUCUUUUAUUCAAUUUCUCAAGCUAAAUAAUCAUAUAAAAAUAUUCCAUUUUCAUCAUUAUUGUCUCUUGAUUAUAUUGUGAGCACUUUUAUCAAAACAAAAAAUAUAUAAAA